CCUUGUUCUUGAUAGAGAGAAAAAAAAGUCUUUCGAAUCCACUAAAUUUAUUUCACUUUCUCUCUCUAGAAAACCCUCUCCUUUCUUCUUCUCUCUCUAAAAAGGCAAAAAUCCCUUUGGUGGCGUGAAUCUUACAAUUUUUAUUUCCAUGGCUAACAGCAAUCUACCUCGAAGAAUCAUCAAGGAAACUCAGCGCUUACUUAGCGAACCAGCUCCGGGAAUAAGUGCAUCGCCGUCGGAAGAUAAUAUGCGGUACUUCAAUGUGAUGAUCCUUGGUCCAACACAGUCUCCUUAUGAAGGAGGAGUUUUCAAGCUGGAGUUAUUUUUGCCAGAAGAGUAUCCAAUGGCUGCUCCCAAGGUUCGGUUUCUUACAAAAAUUUAUCAUCCGAACAUUGACAAGCUUGGUAGAAUUUGUCUUGAUAUCCUCAAAGAUAAAUGGAGCCCUGCUCUUCAGAUUCGCACUGUACUCCUAAGCAUUCAAGCUCUUCUGAGUGCUCCAAACCCAGAUGAUCCCCUCUCUGAGAACAUAGCGAAGCACUGGAAAUCUAAUGAAGCUGAAGCUGUUGAAACAGCCAAGGAGUGGACCCGUUUGUAUGCCAGUGGCGCCUAAUGGAGAUGCGGGAUGAUGUUCUAUAAAAAAUAACGUUGUACUUGGUUAGGUUAUGUAAUUUGACAAUUCAAAACUUAAAUGAUUCUGCUGCUAGUCUUGAACGAUCAAAUGUUGUUCACUUUCUUUUA